AUGGUGUAUACGGGAGCGUCGGAGGAGAGAACGAGAGUGACGGCGGCGGCGAUGAAUUCCGAGAGAGCGGCGAAGCCUCUGCACAAUUUCAGUCUGCCGUGGGAUUUGAAGUGGGGGAACCAGAGGCACCUGCGCUGUAUGAAGGUGGAGGACUCCGAUGCCGACGCGCCGCCGGCGGGGUUUGAUCGGCGAUCGGUGGUGGGGAUGACUCGGCGGCGGGGAGGGGAAUCGGAGGGGGUUUUCGAGAGGCGGAGCAGGGCGAGGAGGCCGAGGAUCGACGACGGCGUAGAGGCGGAGGAGGAGGAGGAGGGGAUCGAGGCGGUUAGGGAGAAGCUCAUGUUUGAAUUCAAGACGGCGGCGGAUAAGAUGAAAGACGCGAUUUUGAGAGGCGAGGAGGACCUCGACGUCGACGUCGACGACGCCGAGGCUGCGGCGGUGGAGGAUGGGGGAUCUUCGCCUGCGGCGGCGGCGGCGGUGAGGCCGUGGAAUCUGAGGACGAGGAGGGCGGCGUGCAAGGCUCCUAUUGGCGGUGGCGGCGGCAGCAAGGGUUUGAGAAUUGAGGAGAGGAAGGUGAAUUCCUCGCCGUUGAGGAGUGAGGGCAACAAUGGCGGCAAGUCGCCGAGGCUGGUCCGGGGGGCUUCCGGGUCGGGUUUGGAGAAGAAGGAGAGGCCCAAGGAGAGGCCCAAGUUCUCACUCACGCUCUCCAAGAAGGAGAUCGAUGAAGAUUUUACGCAGAUUCUCGGCCACCGCGCUCCCCGCCGCCCCAAGAAGCGGCCCAGAGCGGUGCAGAAGCAAUUGGAUGCGUUGUUUCCCGGUAUGUGGUUGACGGAGGUCUCAGCUGAUUCGUACAAGGUUCCCGAGUUCCCUGAAAAUGUCAAGAGGUAGCGAGUUGGAGCAAAUGCUGGCUUGUGUUGAUUGUUUCAAGGCUCUGUCUUCUGACUUCUGCUGCUGCUGGUAGCGCUAAUUAGUGGUAGGCCACAGUACACAUUGUGCAAUGGGAAUUUGAUGAAAGGUCGAAUCCCCUGCACUGCUUAAUGUUCAGUUGCUUUGGAACAAUGAUUUUGUUUGUUAAUUAUAAUUUAUCUUCUUUCUUCUUUUCUUAAUAAUUGUAAAUAAAGGUAAGCUGGGUGGCUACUAUUAUAUGGAACUAGUUAUAUGGAAUAGAAUACUUGUUCUAUGGUCUUGAUUUUGUGACGGUCUAAUGUUGAAGUUGCAUUAAUAUCAGUGUACUCAGUGUUCAUCUUUAUUUGAUGUGUUCUUUGGGUACUAUUUGAC